UUCUGCAAGGUUCCUCUGGUGUUGUCAAGACCUGAAAUUAGAAUUUGAAGACAAACAUUUGAAUGCAAAGUGGAGAACUUUCAACAAAAUAUGGUCAUUUAUUCAAGAUUGUAGCUUGCACUCUACAAAUUAUUUUUUUUCCCAUUAUAUUUACCUUUAUAUCAAAAGUCUGUUUAUUUUGCGGAACCAAGUGGAUUAGGAUCUGCAACAUUUGGAUCAAAAUCUGCUCAGAAGAGAUGAAAUACUUCAAGUGGUUGACGUUGGUGAUGAUUUGGAUGGUCCAGACUGAAGCGGAGCUCUGUCCUGGUGCUUGCACAUGCACCAAGAAGUCUGGACAAGAAAAGACAGAGGUCAACUGUCAUAAAAAAGGUCUUCGAGCUUUUCCCGUCAAACUUCCCUCAGAUGCUUGGAUCCUCAAAUUUGGUGAAAAUGGCAUCACAAACCUGCAGGCCAAUAUUCUGGGAUUAGUUCCAAAGAUAGAAAGCGUAAACUUGGAACAUAAUGCCGUCAAGUCCAUCCACCCUCGUGCGUUCUCCGGUGCAAAGACGCUAGCGCUACUUAAUCUUUAUAGCAAUCACAUCAAAAAUAUUCCACCAAGGGGAUUCAAGGAUCUCUUGAACCUUCGGUUCCUCAUGUUGGGACAGAACCAGAUUGGCACACUGAAGCCUAAUAUGUUUCUCGGCAUGAGGAACCUGUCAGAGCUGGAUCUUCCUGAAAACGCCCUGACAGUACUUCCAUCCAACACCUUCAAACCUUUAAUUGCUCUCAAGGUUUUAGAUCUUUCCCUGAAUCGUAUCCAAAAGAUCUCGCCAAAGGCCUUCACUGGACUUAGACACCUCAUGUUCCUCAACUUGGACAACAACAGUUUGAAGACUCUCCCAGCUGGAGCAUUCAAACCGUUGAGCUCGCUGGAGAUGCUAGUUCUUGACAACAAUCUUUUGUCUACUCUGAGGCCUCCAAUGUUUGGUGGACUGGCUGGGUUGCAGGAACUCUAUUUGAGGAACAACGAUCUGGAACACCUGCCAUCUGAUGUGUUCAAGAACAUGCCUAGGCUAUCUCAGCUGGCUCUCAGUGGGAACCGCCUAAAGGCAGUGGAUGGAAACAUGUUGGCCCAAAUUCCUUCCCUGAAGAAGUUACACCUGCAUGGAAAUCCUUGGCUGUGUGACUGCAAUAUUUUCCCCUUGGUGCAAUGGAUGAAACAAACAAAUGUAACUUUGUCACCGCAGGAGGCCCUGAAAUGUGACACUCCUCUUGAGCUCAAAAAGAAAACCUUAAGCAGCCUUCAAGAAUCAAAAUUGCUUUGCCAUUUAUAAAACCAAAUAGAAGAUGGAUGAAGGUAUCAAACCCAAGGCCUGGGGGCCAGAUAGGCCACAUGAUUUUAUGUGGUACGCAAAGACAAAUUGGGCCAAUACUAAAAUUGCAAAUUAUCUUCUUUUUUAAAAACUAUAGAUAUUGCAAGCAAUUUUUAUUACCAUGCAUCUUUUUAAAAUAUUUGAACAGUUUUUACUAGUGUCUGAUUUCAAAGCUGGUUAAUGUUAUUAUUGUUGUUUAGGCUAUACUGUAUAUCAGGGGUGUCAAACUCAUUUUUUUCAUGGCCGCAUUGUAGUCAUAGCUUCUUUCGGAGGGCCAUUAUGACUGUCAACCCAAAUAAAUGUACGAGUACCUCAUAUUAUAUACGGUAAAAGCUACAAAACAAACUGACAAAUAACUCGUUUUCAAAUCAGACGAGUAAAAACUGGUCAAAUAUUUACAAAUAAAAAAAGAUAUUAAAAGUGAAGACAAUUUGCAAUUCUAGUAAUGACACACGAAUUUGAUGCACAAUUUGUCUUCACGGGCCAUAAUGAAAUGAUGUGGCGGGCCGUAUCUGGCCCCCGGGCCUUGACUUUGACACCUGUGCUGAAAAUAAUAUAUGCGUUGAGAGUCAUAAUGGCGCCCCGACGGAAACUAUGGGUAGAAUGCGGCCCGCGACAAAAAUGAGUUUGACACCCCUGAUGCUGUAAAUGUAAAUGUUCUUUUGAGUUUAAUUCACUCCAGUCAUUUUUAAAUGCUGUUUCAAAAAGUCAGCGUAUUAUUUUCAACAUAGAGGAAAAUGUCUUUCAUUCAGGUAACACUCAGAUUAUUAUUAUAAUCUUACAUUGCUUGUCAUAUACAGUAGUAGCGCCACACUUUUGGAAUAUGACAGAUUUCUCGCUGAGGGAUUACAUUAAUCCAAUUUUAAGAAGAGUGGUUUCUGUAAUCUUUUUAAAUAACAUAAAAUGUGGUAUAAAGGCAAUACGAUUGUGGAAGGAGCUGCUACAAUUUGCAUAUUUAAACCCAAAAAUGAGAUUGUCUGUGUUAUCUUAAAGGAAGUGAAGAUCAAAAGUUCCAGAGUAGAUUGAGGGUAAAAAAAGGUUGAAUGUAACCAUCAAGAAUGUACCUGAAUAUUAUAUUUCUAUACUGCAA